AUGACGAGCGGUGCGCUUGCAGCUGAUCUCCCGGUGGUGCCUUGGUGCGAGCAGCACGAAGGCUUCAUUGUGCAGGGCUGCGAAGUCUGCAAGGCCUGCGAGCAGGCGGUGGUGCAGCUGAUGGAGAGCGGUCGCGAGCUGUUGCCGGUCCAAGAUCUGGAGCGGCUGGUUCUCACGGGUGGGAGCGUUCCCGAGCGACGAAUGCUGAACGUGCGGCAGUUGAGUGGAGAUGUCCUCACGAUUCCUAUUUGCGUUGACUACACUCUGUAUGCCGUGGCGCGCCAGCUUUGUAUUCUUCGGGGCGUGAGGCAUCACUGCGUGAGAUUGUUCAGCUCGUUGCCAGAGCCGGAAGGAGAUCCUGAGUGUUUGCCGGACAUGGACUUCGCUCUUCAUCACGAAGACCACCUGUUCGUGAUCUUCGAGAGAUAG